UCAGGUUGCAGUCAUAUGACACGCCGAGUGUCUCACUUCCUCAAACUUUCUCAGUUCAGCCUGCUGUUCGCCUCUCAAAACCCUCGUCUGCGUGACUCCGUCUCCCCAGGCAGACGGGUUGCGGCUUUGGUCUGGUUUUGGUCUGGUUUUGGCCUGGUUUUGGCCUCAUGGCGAGCGCGCGCGCGGUGUCCACCUGUCUGUUUGUCGCGCUUCUCACCUGCACGCUCAGGUGUUCGCAAUGCGUCAAACUGAGCAACAUCAUCCUCAUUCUCACCGACGACCAGGACGUGGAGAUGGGUGGAAUGACGCCCAUGAAGAAGACCAAAGCACUGAUCGGUGACGCUGGUGUGACUUUCUCCAAUGCCUUCACAGCCACCCCUCUGUGCUGUCCCAGCCGCAGCAGCAUCCUCUCCGGUAAAUACCCACACAAUCAUUUGGUCCGAAAUAACUCCAUCUCUGGCAACUGCAGCAGCACGACCUGGCAGAAGGAUGCCGAGCCCUUCGCCUUUCCGGUUUACCUCAAUAAGAUGCACUAUCAGACCUUCUACGGCGGCAAAUACUUGAAUCAGUACGGAAGUAAAGACGCAGGCGGAGUGGCUCAUGUGCCUCCUGGCUGGGACCAGUGGCAUGCACUGGUGGGAAACUCCAAAUAUUACAAUUACACGCUGUCUGUGAAUGGAAAAGAGGAAAAGCAUGGAGACAACUAUGAGAAGGACUACCUCACAGAUCUGGUUUUAAACCGCUCGCUGCACUUCCUGGAGGAGCGGAGCCCCAAUCACCCGUUCUUCAUGAUGCUGUGUCCGCCGUCCCCUCAUUCUCCGUGGACGGCCGCCCCUCAGUAUCAGCAGUCCUUCAACGACGUCAAAGCGCCACGAAACGGCAGCUUCAACGUGCCUGGAAAGGACAAACAUUGGUUACUACGGCAGCCUGCGAACCCAAUGCCAAACAGCUCCAUUGAGUACCUGGACAACGCUUACCGCAGGAGGUGGCAGACGCUCCUGUCCGUGGAUGAUAUGGUGGAGCAGCUGAUUAAGAAACUGGAUUCAGUAAAGGAGCUGAACAACACAUACAUCUUCUACACGUCUGACCACGGCUAUCACACCGGCCAGUUCUCGUUGCCCAUUGAUAAGAGACAGCUGUACGAGUUUGAUAUUCGCAUCCCUCUUUUAGUCCGGGGCCCAGGAAUCAAACCUAAGCAAACACUUCAGUCUCCAGUGCUGAAUAUAGAUCUGUCUAUGACUAUCCUGGACAUCGCAGGAGUAAAUCUCUCCACCGUUAACAUGGACGGACAAUCUUUCCUGCCACAGAUGGCGCCAUCGUUGCGUAACGGCACUGAGCGGCCCUUCUUCCUGGUCGAGUACACCGGUGAAGGACAUUCCUCUGAAGACCCCGGAUGCCCUAAACUCGGCCCUGGUCUAGCUGAAUGCUUCCCAGACUGCGUAUGCGAAGACGCCUUCAACAACACGUACGCCUGCGUCAGGACUCUGAAGGGUGCAAACCUGCAGUACUGCGAGUUCGCAGACAAUGAGUCGUUCGUAGAGGUGUACAACCUGACAUCAGAUCCCCAUCAGCUGGAGAACAUCCUGAAGAAGGUGGAUCCUACGCUUUUGCAGAUCAUGAACCAAAGGCUGAUCAAGCUGCAGUCCUGCACGGGCGACAGCUGUCGAAACAUCAAAUAAAACCGCCGCAGAGGACAGGCCGGACCCCAGCCCUGCUCUAGCGGCGAACGCCAAGUCAUAUUUUACAAAUCCCUCCUGAAAUCGGGAGGCCGUUCAUGUCCUGUCGGUAUUUACUCGAGCCUUGCUUCCUUCUUUUUGCGGUUCAGUGAAAGCGGGUGGAUUUGCAUUUUGGAGCGAGAAAGAAAGUCAUACAGGUUCGGAUGAGUAAAUAUUUACAGAAACGUAAUAUUUGGCAUGAACUCUCCCUUUAAUUCUGAUCUGGGAAGUCCGAUGCACUUCCUUUGAAUGUGAACGUAUCUACAGUGUGAUUCUCGUUCAGAUGCUGUCAUACAGCUCAUGGACACGGUUUCUAACGGCUUGAACCGGUUCAACCGGAGAAUUGCUCAUCGUCAGGCUUUCCUUACUUCCUACUGCAACUUAUUUUUCAGCACUUUUAUGAUAAAUGAACGUUUAAACCAAAUCUUGUCAUGUUUGGCUAAAUCUACUACCAUCAGAACAUUCGUUUUUUUGAAUUUUAAGCGUUUUCCAGACCUUUACGCGUGGUUGUUUUAUUUUGAUUUAUUGAUACUGUGAAUUAAACCUUAUAUGUAUCCAUAAUUGAAAACACUGAGGAAAUCCUUUUCCGAUGUUGUUAUUUUAAAAUGAUAAAGGGAAAGGUCUGAUAUUUAAGGGAAUUUGCCAACUAUGAUUUUUAACCUGAAAUAUCAUUGUGCCUUUUUGCACUAAAGCAGUGUUUGUGCCUUUUUGUAUGAUACAAAUGUUUGUAUCAAAUAACUUUUGAAUCAAUAAAUUUGAUAAAUAAAA